AUGGUUUAUCAUAAUGAACAGAUCGUUUACCUAACUUUAUUAAAGAAGAAUCCAGUGAAGCUUAGUCAAUUGAAACUCAACUGAGUGAAAAUUGCCACUUGCAUUGUCAACUUUUCUUCAACACAAGCAAUAAUUUAGGGAAUCUCAAUACCUCUGUGUGGUUUCAAUAUAAUUGGAGACAACCCUUAUGAAAAUUCUGCUUCGCUACUUAUUGCAAAACAACUGAGAUGGGCAUCACUGUAGAGUUCGUUAGAAGUGUCUUCUCCAGAAACCGCUCUGCUGGAACUCAGGACAGCAAUGAUCUGGAGGCAAGGAACAAUAUGGCAGAAAAAAGAAGAUGGAGUUCAGUUAGAUCAUACCUGUGCAGUGAUGAAUUCAAUUCAGUCUUAGCAGAGGAAGACUCGGCUUCUGUUAAGAGUUCUGAGGCCACUGUUGCACAGCCUAUACAAGAAGACUUCACAGACAAGGGAGAACUUCAGAGUGAAGAUACCAAGGAAAAGCAUAACUCAAUUUCCAAGUUAUUCCACGAAGAAGAUGCAGCAAUCAUAAUUCAGACAGCAUUUAGAUGCUUUCUGGCUAGACACCGACAUGAAGAAAACAAAUUAAAAGAUGGUAAGCAGGAGGCUCUUGCAGUGACACGGAGUCCAAGUAGGGAGUCUAUGGGGACAUCAGUUGAAGUUCAAACAGGAAAUUCUGUAUCAGUUUUCUCAGUUGGAGAAGAAAGUAUGGCCCUACCUCGAAAGAUGCAGCAAAAAGCCAGAACCCGAAUUAUCAAGAUAAAGGAAGAGUGGGAUGAUAGCACAGUGAGUAGCAAUGUAUCCAAAAUGAGGAUUCAGAACAGGCUGGAAGCAACAACCAGGCGUGAGAGAGCUCUAGCUUAUGCCUUUUCACAGCAGCUAAGAAUUUGUUCAAAAAAGAAGCAGAAUAGAACCCAUGGCGCGGAACUGGACACAGGGUGGAGUUGGCUAGAACGGUGGAUGGCAACCCGUCUUCCUGUGAACCCCCUGGUUGAAAGUCAUUUAAGCAAGCAACUUGAGCAAUUUAACAACAAUCAAGAGUUCUUGGUGUCUAAAAGACAUUUCAAUGUAGCAGGGGAAGAACAGGAGGAGAGUUGUGGAUCUAAUGAGAUAGCUAUUCAAAUUGAAAGUUUUUCAGUGAAUUCACCUAAAGAGAUUGAUGGCUUCAAGCCUAGGAAAAACAGACUGAAGGCAACAAGAGUGUCAAGGAAGAAAACUGCACCAAGCCAUCCAUGGCCAAAAGAACGCAGCAAAGUAAGCAAGGACAGUCCAAAGGAGUUUGAUAUUGAUAAGAAGAACAAGCAAAAGCAACCACGGAACAAAAAGAAGUGAAGUGCAAAGAUGCUUCCACUUAGAGAUUGCAUAUUUAGCCUAUCUAGUGACAAAUCCAGGUUGCUUUCUAUCUUUCAAGAAAACUAGAGUCUCUUACUUUCUACCUAGAAUUUAUUCAUGAGUGUACGGCCUAUAUAAAUAAUAAAUCCCUUGUACCAUUCAAAAUCGCCUCCUAGAGAAGUAAAGAGCCUACCAACCCUCUUUAUUUUG